AUGCCCGUAGGUCUUAAAAGACGAGCCAACGCAGGACCCGACCUCGCCACCCCGAACGCGCGCCGGCGCAGAAGGCAAAGCGAAGAAACAGAGUCAUCGGCACCGGCAGACAGUGACGAUGGCGGACCAAGCGCACCCACAAGCACCGAUGCAAUGGUCAAGAAAUUAGUACGCCUAGCCAUGGCAAGCGAAUACUCACGACUACCAAUCCGGCGCAACGACAUCAGCACCAAGGUGCUGGGCGAGCAAGGCUCACGACAAUUCAAGCCGGUUUUCGAGCAAGCCCAGCGCGAACUGAAGCAGCGGUUUGGUAUGCAAAUGAGCGAAUUACCAGCGCGAGAAAAAGUCACGAUUUCCCAGCGACGAGCUGCGCAAAAAACCGAAAAACCUUCUGCGGCCAAUAAAUCUUGGAUCGUAACUACUACUCUGCCAAUGCCAUAUCGCUCCCCAGCUAUCCUGAUCCCGACAAAGGCCCCCUCCUUCUACGCUGAAAGCACAUAUACGGGCUUUUACAGUUUCAUCAUAGCGGUGAUCAUGCUGAAUGGUGGUUCGUUGGGUGAGCAGAAACUCGACCGGUACCUGGCCCGCACAAAUGCGGAUGUCGGUACGCCGAUCGAUCGCACGGACAAAUUGCUGCAGCGGCUAUGCAAGGAGGGGUACAUUAUCAAAACGCGGGAGAUGGAUGGCGGUGAAGAAGUGAUUGAGUAUAUUGUUGGUCCGCGGGGCAAAGUGGAAGUUGGCACCGGUGCUGUGGCGGGUCUUGUGCGUACUGUUUACGGCAAGGAGAAGGGUGAUCAUGGGAACUUGACACAGCUCCAGAAGGAUGAGCUCGAGGACUUUGAGGGGAGGCUUGGGAGGAGUCUUGGCAUCAAGCCGGCGACUGUUCGGCCUGCUGAUGUGGAUGCUGAUACUGAUGGAGUAAAUACUCAACGUGAGCAGAACGGAGUCGAGCGCGAGGCACCGCCAAGUACGGGACCUAGACGAUCUUCGAGGCGUGAGCCUGCUCACGACGAGGACGAAGAUGACGAGGACGAUGAUGAGGAAGAUUCUUAUGAUGAGGACGAGUAA